UAAAACUAGGGCUCUAAGAUACUACUGUUCUUCUAAUGCUGUUUUUGUUUUCCUUUCAACACCUAAGAAGGGCAGAUUUUCUUCUUGCCGUGAUAACAGCCUAAGCAGGUAUUUUUGAAGAGAAAUAUUCUUAUUUCCUGGAAGAAGAUAGUCAUUCCCUGUGUCAUUUUUCUUCCGUGAAGUAACUAGGGAGGGUUAAGGUUGAAUCUUAAUAUCUUUUAAUAGACAAUUUUUUUUAAUUUUAAGCACAAAUAUUUACCUUUUACAUCAAUUUUUUUUCCCCUAUCUAAGCCUCUAUUCACUAUGUCUUAUGUAAGACUACGAGAAUUCAAGGAUCGAAUGCCUGUCCAGUAUUCCAGGUUAUGUAUUCUUCCUCAAGGAAAGUACAUCAAUGGAUAUUAUAGCGGGCAAUUGGCAAAAGUCCAUUAUGUUAAGGAAUUUCCGAAAUCUCCUGGGUAUCCUGAGGACCAGACAUCUUAUUACCAACCGAAAAGCCCCCCAGCUCAAUUUGACCAUUUAACCCUUGCCAACUACAUUUCUCAUCGACGGAUGCAUCCACAACCACCCAAGGGGUGGUACAAUGAAACCACUUACCAAAGAGCCUUUUCUUUGCCAUUUUACAAGUGUGAAUCGGACCAGAUUUUAGCCACACCAGUCCUUAAUCCGAAGCCACUUACUUCCCUACCAAAGCUUUUAUGAUGAGAAGAAAGCUUUCGAAAGAAAUAGAUCUGAACUCCAAUAAUAAUUCCCCAGGAAGAUAAGAGUAAUAUUUGGUGUUCUCAAUUGAUUUUCUGAUAAAAGGCAAUAGUACCAAAA